GAAACAAAAAUAUCUUUGAAACACGCAACCUACGUUUAAGAAUAUCCCGCUUCUCCUUCCACCGCCACUAUAUUCGUCCCCUCCGUCGCCACGUCCGCCUCCCUCUAUCUCACCACCGUAACCAUCUCUCUCUUCAUUCUCUCUCAAUCCCUUCAAUCUUGCAUUACAUUUCUCAAUCCCCAUUCAUACAACUAAAUUUCAAUUCUUUUGACCUAAUUUCAGCGUUCCGAAAAUGGUUUCUGGAUUAAUCAACGAAAACCCUGUCAUAUACGAAAGGAAGCAACGUCAACAGCGUUCUACUCAAUCUCUUCCUGCUGAUGAAUACACAGUUGAACCAAUCGAUCAACAAGAGAUUUUUGAUCAUAUAAGAGAUAUCAAGGAUCCUGAGCAUCCUUACUCUUUGGAAGAACUCAAGGUGAUAACUGAGGAAGCAGUUGAAGUUGAUGAUCAGAAGAGUUAUGUCAGGGUUACGUUUACUCCGACGGUGGAACAUUGCAGUAUGGCAACAAUUAUAGGUCUUUGUUUAAGGGUCAAGCUCUUGAGAAGUUUGCCUCCGCGGUACAAGGUGGACAUCAGAGUGGCACCUGGAUCUCAUGCAACUGAAGCUGCAGUUAACAAACAACUAAAUGAUAAAGAGCGUGUAGCUGCUGCACUUGAAAAUCCAAACCUUGUGGAUAUGGUUGAUGAAUGCCUUGCGCCAUCUUUUGAUUGAAGGAACUUCUUUCCUCCCAAUUCUACGAGUUUGCGGGUGCUUUUGUACCUUAUGCCAGUAGUCGUUCAACUUUAUUUGUAUGAUAUUUUUGUUUUAGAUUGCUGAGGACAUAUUUGUCAUGCAAUUUGUGCCUACUACAUGUAAUUGUAGUUCAAUAUGAUUAUAGGAAUACGCAGUUGAAAAACGUGAUAGCUGAGUAGUAUCAAGGUUAUUUGAUUAUUAGCUCUAGUGAAGAAAAGGGAAAUUCCUUUUAUAAGUUGUCAACUUAUGUUUCAUAGUUAUGGUAUAGAGUAUCUGUUGAAUUUAUCUCAGUUUAUGUCCACAUUCCUAUGAUUA